AACAAAAGAUAUUACCGAACUGGAGUUUGACAAUUGGCUGAGCACUGUAUACUUGCCGGUCAACCAGUUGAAGAAGUCAGCCACAAAGUUGUGCAGGCUUCAUUGGACAAGCAAUAUGUCCAAGAAUCGCUCCGUAAAACAUGCACCGACGGAAGAAGACAAGCAAGCAUUAAAAGCAAUCGCAGUUGUUUUCUCGUCAUUAGCAUCAAAUAUCAGCCCUAUGUUGCCUGCUGAAUCAGGCAUCAUUGACUUGGCAGAUAAGGAUUGUGAAUGUGUUGUGGUGUUGACUACAGAGCAUAUCGCAAACUCCGAGUCAAGUUACCAUGAUGCCAUUGCAUUAGGCAAUGAUAGUGAAGAGGCAUUGGCGAAAAAUGUUGAACUACUGAGCGUAAAUAUGGUUAUUGGGAAUGUGCGCAAUCCCCUAUUUGCAUAUAAUAAUAAACGAGUUGGUGUUCGGAGACAGGCUGAAAAGGUGAGCUUUGCAAGUCUCCAGAGGAAGAUUGUAACAGGCGCGCCACACUAUGGAAACAAGCCCGAUUUUAGCAUCCUCUUAGACCUCAUUGCUGAU